AUGUCGAGGCGGAGGCAACCGAGGGAAAAUUUAUAUGAUUUGAGAUGUAAAAAACGACGAAACAACACCCAGGAGAAUGUGGACAAGGAAGGCGGGAAAUUUUGUAUGCAUAUUCGACACCUCGGAAUCGUUAAUAUUGUUCAUCAAAAUUUCUUUGCUCGAGAGCAGUCAAGACUUCAGACUUUCCAAGGUGAAUCUACACGUACGACUUUGCCGCUUGUUUCGUCUAGUAACACCUGCCCACAUCUUUCCCACACAUCACCACCUGGGGCGGGGAAUCAGCAACCAGUUAAUCAUCUGCAGGGCAUGGAGCAGGAAUCCAACACGUUAGCAGGUUGUUCGCAAGCAACGUACUUGGACAUGCCUGCAAUUAUGGUCGGCGUGGAUGACUGGGCUUUCCAAGGUGUCGACAUGAGAAUUUUUGUUGGUCUGAUGAGAGGGAUGCCCGGACUGGAUAGUGUAUAG